AGGAUCCUGGAUAGCAUUUUCCCUUUUUGCUCGCGCUCGGGGUGCUCGCGUCGAGUCGGUGGUGAACCGCGUGGUUCGCGGGUUGUGCAUAAGUGAGUGAGUGUUUCACACGCUUCCUCGGGGUCAGAAUUCAAAAAGUGACGGUUGAGUUCGGUUUACUUCAAAUGUGAUUGCUCCUCGAAAGUGUUCUGUUCUGCAUACCGACGGAAGGAACUGAAGCUCAGCAUCAAGAGAAUGAAGGUUCGCGCGCUUCCGCAAUACUCUGAGUAGAGCAGCGAAGAAGCCACAGGAUCGGUUAAUUUUCCUUCCACCACCAACACACCCCACUCCCGCUCCCCAGAGACACAGACAUCUAUGCAUGACGGGAUAAUCCGAGAGCCUUGUACGCACGCGAAAUAAUGUUCGCUUCAUAAUAAUAAUUAAAAGUGAAGCUGCGUGACAGAUUGGUAUCAAACGGAGACCACAGGGGAGCGACGGUUGUGUUACAGCUGGCUGUGUGUUUGUGUGUGCUUCUAUCCUUUAGAAAAGCAGCAAAUCGCAUUUUCCCGUUGCCAUAUACUGGACAGAGCAGCAAAAGCUCCAUAUUAAAAUGAUGAUGAACAAGGUGGUAAAGAAUUUGCUACUGCUGCUGUUUCUGUACAACAUCGCGCUGGCGAACAGCACCACGAGCUUUGAUAUGGUGGACCAGCGCAUCCUUCGCCAUGUUGCAGUGGUGAAACCAGGCGAUCGGCCCGAAAUGAUGAUGAUGGGCGCAAGCCACGGUGGUGAAGUAGGGAGCAGUAGUGGUAGUAGUUCCAGACAGCAAGGCAACCACCGCGGAAUGAUACAACCAACGAAGGAAACGAAUAUUCAUGGCAGCAGCAACACGAGCGCGGUCGCGGCACGCUGGGAUACCGGAGCGUUACUAUCGUCAACGUUGGCACACGCAGCCGUCACCACCAGCCCCAGCCUCGUUAGCAACGUCAACAACACCAUCAGCAAUUUAAGCGACAGUAUGCUCCUGUGGAGCCAAUAUGUUGGCCGUUCGCGGUACGUGCUGGAGGUGGACCCGCAGUUUGUGGCCAAAAUCAAUCCCUUCUGGCUGCAGUUCGACCCACCGAGCGCCGGCGAACACUAUGGGCUGGCCGCAUUCUACUUCCUAAUGAUGCUGUUCGGUGUGAUUGGCAACGCGCUCGUCAUCUUCAUGUUCAACAGAUAUCGCUCGCUGCGUACACCUGCCAAUUACCUGGUGGUGAACCUGGCGGUGGCGGAUUUGUUGAUAAUGCUCGAGGCGCCUCUUUUCAUCUACAACAGCAUUUAUCAGGGUCCGGCCUUUGGUUCGAUCGGUUGCACCGUAUAUGCGCUGAUGGGUGCGAUCGGUGGUACGGUUGCCAUCGGAACACUGACGGUUAUCUCGAUCGAUCGCUACAACGUGGUAGUGUUUCCACUCAACCCGAACCGCUCGACGACCAAGCUCAAGUGUUACAUCACGAUCGCCUUCACCUGGGCGUACGGGCUGCUGUUCGCUGGUCUGCCAGCCCUCGAGAUCGGUCUGAGCCGCUACACGGCCGAGGGUUUCCUGACCGCCUGCAGCUUCGACUAUCUCGAUCGCACGUACAAGGCGCGCGUGUUUAUGUUUGUGUAUUUCGUGUGCGCUUGGGUGUUGCCGCUGGUCAUCAUCAGCUAUUGCUACGCCCGCAUCCUGUUAGCCGUAGUCAACGCCAACAGCAUUCAGUCGAAUAAGACAAAGAACAAAACGGAGGUGAAGCUGGCUGGCGUCGUGGUCGGUAUUAUUGGGCUGUGGUUCAUCGCCUGGACACCGUACGCGGUGGUCGCAAUGCUGGGUGUGUUCGGUUACGAGCACUACCUGACGCCCCUCAAUUCGAUGCUGCCGGCCGUGUUCGCCAAGAUAGCGGCCUCGAUCGAUCCGUACUUCUACGCGAUGAACCAUCCGCGCUACCGGCAGAUGCUGGAGCGUAUGUGCUGCAACCGGGGUGCCGAGCAGGGUAACUCGCAGUACCAGACGUCACACUACAAUACACGCGGUCCAUCCCGGGCCGGUGACUCGGAGGCCGGUGAGGAUGAAUCGGUCGGUCCCAGCGGUGUGUCGCGUGGCCGUAACAGCUCGGUGUCCAACAUGCCGUCAGGUGGCGCCCGUGCUGGUAGCAUCAAGCAUCAGCAGCACGCUCGCACCGGUGGAGUGGCCGGUGUGAAGCGGCAGGCCUCGAACGGCGAUGACUCAUCGUUGGAGAUUUCGGUUGAAAUGUAACAACGCAGCCGACGAGGAGUUCAGCUCCUCCGGGUAACCGAAAACUACGAAAACAGUGCCUUCUUGUAGCGUAAUCGAAGGGUAGCGGCCAGUAUCGGUGGUAGUAGUAGUAGUAGUAGUAGUAGUAGAGCAACCGUGUGUAUCGCCAGCUGCAUCUCUUAUCUGGUUUGCGACUACACCCCGGUGCCCGGUAAAGUGAAACCAACACUGGGCACCAUCAAAACCGCACGAUCGUAAUAGUAGCCUCUCGUC